CCAUACUUGAAGUCCUUCGUCGCCUUCUUCAUCAUCAGUGCCGAUGCCUUUUAUUGUAUAAAAUAUUCGCCAUCAAACCAUCGUCAACGGACGGCAACCGAAGGGAUCUACCUACUCGUCAGCCCCUCAACCGCAGCCAGCAUGUCGCAGACCGCCACCGAGACGCGUUCCGUGGCGCAUCAUCAGCAUGCGUCGUUCGGGCCCGAGGCGUACGAGCUCGGCCGUCUGAGUUCCAGCCACGGCCGCCCACUCGGCGACAUCUCGCCGAAGCGGGACGGCCUCGAGGAGCAUCAGGCGUCAGACGUCCCGGACGACAGCCCGCCGCCGCACGCCCACGGGACCCUCGAGCGAUGGAACUCGCCCAAGGGCAACGUCGGCAGGCUGGGCUUCGCCUUUUUCUCCUUCAUCAUUGCCGGCAUGAACGAUGCGGCCGUCGGUGCCCUGAUUCCAUACCUCGAAACCUACUAUGACCUCAGCUACACCAUCGUCUCGCUCAUCUUCCUGACGCCCUUCGCCGGCUACUCGGUCGCCGCCUUCACCAACGCCAGGAUCCACCAAAAGUUCGGCCAGCGGGGCGUCGCCAUCAUGGCGCCCCUGUGCCACAUCAUCACCUACGUCGUCCUCGCCCUGCACCCCCCCUACCCGGUGCUCGUCGUGGCCAACGCCAUCAGCGGCUUCGGCAACGGCCUGACGGACGCCUGCUUCUGCGCCUGGAUCGGCGCCAUGGACAAGGCCAACACGAUCCAGGGCUUCCUGCACUCCUCCUACUCCGUCGGCGCCCUCAUUUCCCCGCUGAUUGCCACGUCCAUGGUGGUCACCGCCCAGCUCCCCUGGUACAACUACUACUAUGUCAUGGUCGGCGCAGCUGUUCUCGAACUCGUCGGUCUGGUCAUCACUUUCUGGCCAAAGACGGGCGCCGUGUACCGCGCCGAGCACGCCCACGAGAACGACGGUCAGGGGGGCGCCGGCACCCGAGCUGCGCUCAAGUCCAAGGUCACCUGGCUUUGCUCUCUGUUCUUCUUCGCCUACAUGGGUGUUGAAGUCGGUCUCGGUGGCUGGAUCGUCACUUUCAUGCUUCGAGUCCGCAAAGCGUCCGCCUACGCCUCUGGUGUUUCCGCCACGGGCUUCUGGGCCGGACAAGCCCUCGGCCGCGCUUGUCUGGGCUUCGUGACCGAGAGGUUCGGCGAGAGGCUCUGCAUCAGCAUCUACCUCGUCAUCUGCAUUGCCCUCCAGCUCCUCUUCUGGCUCGUCCCGCAGUUUGUCGUCUCAGCCAUCGCCGUUGCCUUCCUCGGCUUCUUCUUGGGCCCGUUGUUCCCCGGGGCCGUCAUGAUGACGGCUAAGCUUCUGCCGAAGCACAUUCACGUCAGCGCAAUCGGCUUCGCCAUGGCCAUUGGCGGUACGGGAGGAACCGUCUUCCCGUUCAUCAUCGGUGCCAUUGCGACCAGCAGAGGUGUCAGCGUGCUCCAGCCCAUCGUUCUGUCGCUCAUUGCCGUGGUUGUCAUUGUCUGGCUCUGCUUCCCACGGAUCCAAAAGAAGGACUAGAUAAGACAUUAGCAUGUAGGCUCUUGAAAAAACAUCGCACUGUCAUAGGCUCCUCGCUGUACUAUCAUAAGAGAUGCGAAAUUAGUUGGUACGCAGUCCGCUUGUGCUUCAUCGCACGAUCCCAAUAUAUUGGUGUCACAGGUGGCUCGAGACGGUCGAGAUUUUUCAGCUGAUUGGUAUAGAACCCCUCCAUUGAUGUGACUAAUGUUGCAUGAAGGAGAGUAAGAAAGAAGAUAUCUGCAAGGUGCAGUACAGGUCUGGAGGGGUUGCAAUACUUGUCUUUGCCGGCCGGAGUCCGGCCUGGCGGCCGAUGUGGCGGCCGAGAUGAAACAGCUGGCAGCCAGCUGUCAGUCAUAUUCCUACACAAUUGCCCUGUCGUCGCAGCCACCUACAACAUCACUUAUCACGGUCUUUUAUCUUCACAAUCAUCGGAAGUGAAAACAAAAUCAGAUAGGAAGAAAUCUUGUUCAGUCUACGAGGUAGACGGCAGAUUUAUAUACAAUGCUUCCAUGAUUCCAGCUCUGGCAAAACACUCGACCCCCGUAAUAUGUACACAUUAAGGGGGUGUAUAUCAACAAGCCCGUCGCCGCCACUCGUAAAUACUGAGUCAAGUAUGUACAAAGAAAUGUCGAGUUUCGUUCCUUCACUUUCAGACCAACCCUUUCCCUCUUUCUCUCAGCCUCGUUCGUGCC